AUGGGGCUUCUGACUGGAAGCUUCUCUGCAGACCGUAGAAGAGGAGAAAAGGAGAAGGAAGUCGAAGAUGGAUUCAGUCGAGCUGAAAUUGGAGCAGGCGAUGAUGCUGCUGGUUCACUCCUAGGAGGGAAGAAGUUGAUAAUUGGACUUCCAAAGAAAACAGGCUUCACCCAAUUCGUGGAUGUGCAACUCAAUACCACCAAUGUGAAUCAGAUAGUCAAGGUUUCGGGCUAUUCCAUUGACGUCUUCCAUGCUGCAAUAACUUAUCUUGAGAGUUUACGUUACAAUAUUUCUUUCGAGUUUAGAGCUUUUGUGGACGAAGAUGGAAACAGUGCUGGGAAUUACGAUGAACUCGUCUAUCAGGUUUUUGAAGGAAAGUAUGACGCUGUGGUAGGGGAUGUGUCGAUUCUGGCAUAUCGAUCAAACUAUGUUGAUUUUACAUUACCAUAUGCACCAUCUGAUGUGAAGAUGCUUGUGAAGGUUCGUCAUGAUCCACGGUUGAAUAUGUGGGUUUUUGUACGACCUUUUAGUUGGGAUCUAUGGUUGUCUAUUACCAUCUUCAGUGUUUUUAUUGGAGCUAUCAUAACGUUAAUGGAACGUACUGUCAAGGAAGAUUCAGCAUGUAAAAAUUCACCAUACAAGAAACAACUCAGUGGGGUUUCUAUCUUGUGGCUUCCAGUUGAACAAGCAGUUCUUCCUGAAAGAGAAGCAUUGGUCAAAAAUUGUUCUAGGUUUGUGCUGGUGAUGUGGUUGAUACUCGCAUUCAUGCUAAUGCAAAGUUACACAGCAAGCUUGUCAUCAAUAUUGACAAUAAAUCAGCUCCAACCUCGUUACGUCAGUGAGCAUGACGUCAUAAUAGACCCCAACAUUAAUGUUGGAUACCAUCGUUACUCAUUUGUUGAAGGUUUAUUAGUCGAUCGCUUGAGGAUUGAUAGGUCCAGGGUGAAGAACUACCCUGACAUUAAAGAAUAUAGGGAGGCUUUGGACAAAGGAAGCCGUAAAGGUGGCGUCGACGCUAUUUUUGAUCAUAUUUCCCACAUUAAAAUCUUCCUCAAGCAGUAUGGUUCCAAUUAUGCCAUGGUCGAAACUAGACAUCGCAUUGAUGGAUUUGCUUUUGCAUUUCCCAUGGGCUCCAACUUAACUGCGUAUUUUUCUAGAGCUAUAUUAAAUGUAAGAGAGAGUGAAGAAAUGGACAAGAUUGAGCAAAAAUAUUUUGGAAGGAAUCAUGAGGACUAUGAAGGCCAAGGCUUAUCUACUUCAUCAUCACCAGAUGAUGCGAGUUCCAGCCUUACCACUUAUAGCUUUGCAGGAUUGUUCAUGGCAAUUGGAAUUCUUUCACUUUUAGCUUUGACAGUCUCUGAAAGCCAUAUUUGGCAAAAGCCUGUUAUGCUUGCAAAUUCGUAUAGCAGACGAUUGCUAAUAAGUUGGAAUUUUGCAAGAACUAGUCCAUUAGAGGGAGGUUCUGCAGCAAGAAGAAAUGUUGAUGGAGAAGGUUUAACAACCAGAGAAAGUAAUCAAAAUAUUGGAUUGGAAGUGGAGAAUAUAUAA